ACUUCUUGAAUCUCACACACCCCCACCCCACUCACACACGCAGCAACAAUCAUGUUUGGAGCGAUCGUCGCUGGACGCCUGGUGCAGACCAACCUGCAGCAAAUAGAUGAGACCCACUUUGUCUUCCCACUCGAGAACCCCUUUGACAUCAACCAUCUCACCGUCUUCCUCCUCGGUACAAUCCCAUUCCCCGAAGGCUACGGCGCAACAGUGCACUUCGCCUGGCCAGGAGGCGACUACUUCCCGCUCGGAACACUCACAAACGCACGCCCAUCAUCAAUCUACAAGGUGCGCCCACACCUCCCGCCCGGCGUGUCGGCCGGCACGCCUUCAGCGCCGGCACAGCUCGGCAUCGAGAUCGCGCCGCUAGAGCAGGUCGAGGCCGCGCAGGCGGGCAUCAAGCCCGUGCAGGGCAAGGAGGUGGCCGCGCGCGUCGACGUCGGCAAGGUCGCCGACAAGGUCGUCAAGAAUCUGUUCAACUUCCUCCACAGCUUUGGCGAGGGCCCGCUCACGCCCAACACGCCGAUACCGCUCUCGGUCUUCCAGAGGUGGUAUGACAACUUUGUCCGCAAGAUUGAGAAUGACCGCGGCGCGGCGUUCCUUGAUCGCGAGGACUAGGGCCUUGGCGUGGGCCGCAGAGGCCGGUGACGACAGUGACGAUGACAGUGAUGAUGACGAUGACGACGACGAAGAGGGCAGUGAAGAAGGCGAGGUCGAGGGCGCUGUCGGCGGCGGGGGAUGGGACGCCGCCAGUGCCGGCCUCUGGGUGUAAUUUAAUCAUUCUAGAAGUCAGACGUUGACACAAUACAAUGCAAACAGUUGAGCUA